AUGGAGAAAAAUGGGAAUGUAUUGAUGCAGAAGUAUGAGUUUGGCAGACUAUUAGGUCAAGGAAACUUUGCGAAGGUUUAUCAUGCAAGGGACCUCAGAACCGGGGACAAUGUUGCCGUUAAGGUGAUGGACAAGGAGAAAAUUCUAAAAGUUGGGUUGGUUGAUCAAACUAAGCGAGAGAUAUCUAUUAUGAGACUGGUUAAACACCCAAAUGUUUUGCAGCUUUAUGAGGUCUUGGCCACCAAAACCAAGAUUUACUUCAUCAUAGAAUAUGCCAAAGGGGGUGAACUUUUCAACGAGGUAGCUAAAGGUAAACUCCAUGAGGACAUAGCAAGGAAGUACUUCCAACAAUUGAUCAGCGGUGUUGAUUUUUGCCAUAGCAGGGGUGUUUAUCACAGGGAUUUGAAGCCAGAAAACUUGCUUUUGGAUGAGAAUGAAGUUCUCAAGGUAGCAGAUUUUGGACUGAGUGCACUUGUUGAAUCUCAUAGUCAAGGCAUCAUGCUGCACACAGUUUGUGGAACUCCUGCAUAUGUAGCUCCUGAGGUUAUAAGUGGAAAUGGUUAUGAUGGAACUAAAGCUGAUGUAUGGUCUUGUGGAGUAAUCUUGUUUGUUCUUUUGGCUGGUCAUUUACCAUUCUAUGAUUUGAAUCUUAUAGUACUGUAUAAGAAAAUAAGCAAGGCAAAGUACAAAUUUCCAAACUGGUUUUCAUUUGAAGUGCGCAGACUAUUAGCAAAGAUCCUUGACCCCAACCCAGAAACUAGGAUAUCCAUGGCAAAAUUUUUGGAAAAUUCCUGGUUCAGAAAAGGUUUCAACUCCAAAUCUGAUGAACUGAAAGGAGAGGUUACAAAUGUGACUUCAGUUGAUUUUGAUGAAGCUCUUGGUGCGUGUGAGAAUGAAAGUGCUGCUGUUGAGGCAAAUCAAGCAUUGGCAAGUUUUAAUGCUUUUGAUAUAAUUUCUCUGUCCGCUGGGCUUGACUUGUCUGGCUUUUUUGUAAGCAAUGAUGAACAGGAAGACAUGAAAUUUACAUCCAUGAGCUCUGCCUCUUCUAUUGUGUCUACAAUGGAGGAUGUUGCUCGCAUUCUGGGGAUGAAGAUACUUAAGAAGGAUGGGGGGUUGCUGAAAUUGGAGAGAUCCAGGGAAGGUAGAAGAGAACUGCUUUCCAUAGAUGCUGAAAUAUUUGAGUUAACCCCAUCUCUCCAUUUGGUUGAGAUGAAGAAAUCCUGUGGUGAUACAUUAGAAUACCAGAGGAUAUUGAAAGAUGAUAUAAGACCAGCUCUUAAAGAUAUUGUCUGGGUUUGGCAAGGUGAGCGGCAAUAGCCUAUGAAGCACCGACGCUUCAAAGACCUUGGACGUGUCGUGUCCGACACUUCCCAACACUCUCCAACACUCUAA